GACGCCUACUAGUACCUACUAAGGCAUCGUCCGGAGCAAUUGCAAGCGCAUCAUGUGCCGCGGCGGCGGUGGAGAUUCCGGUGGAGAUUUGCAUCAACGAAUGUCGUUCCAGCGCCCUCCACAGAAGGCAAUGGCCGGGUUUCAUCGGAUUAGUGCUUGGACUUAGCGCGUUAAGGGCGCGAUUCUGGGGAAGUUGCCGAGGAGCAGAGAGGAUGAUGCUAGUAUUAGCCGACUGAAUACCUAAUGGAAUCGAAUCAUACAUAACGCAGCGGGUGCCUCGUUCAACUCAAACUAAAACAUGUACACGGCUGUGCCAAUUCCAAUUCCAAUUCUAAUUCCACCCUUCGCAGACGAGGACGGAUCCGAUUGACCAUGUUGCGACAAUCCUUCAGAGCAUUUGCCCGCACGGCUGUUGCGAGACCGGCCGCGGCGAGAAGCUACGCUACGUUCAACUGGGAGGAUCCCCUCAAUGCGAAUAACCUCUUUACCGAGGAAGAGCAGGCCAUUGCAGAAACCGCAGAGCGAUACUGCCAGGAACGGCUACAGCCCAGGGUCUUGCAGGCCUACCGAGACGAACACUAUGACCCCAAGAUCCUCGAAGAGAUGGGCGAGCUAGGCCUGCUUGGCUCCAGCAUCAAGGGCUACGGAUGCGCUGGCGUUUCUUCGGUGGCCGGCGGUCUGAUUACACGAGCGGUCGAGCGAGUCGAUAGCGGCUACCGGUCUGGCAUGUCGGUGCAGUCGUCCCUCGUCAUGGGCGGCAUCCACGAGUUCGGCACCGAGGAGCAGAAGGAGAGAUUCCUCCCCGAGAUGGCCAGGGGCAAGCUCAUUGGCGCCUUUGGCCUGACGGAGCCUAAUCACGGUAGCGACCCGGGUAGUAUGGAGAGUGUUGCGAAGCCGCACCCGACCAAGAAGGGAUACUACUCCUUGAGCGGAGCCAAGACGUGGAUCACCAACAGCCCAAUUGCCGACGUGCUGUUGGUCUGGGCCAAGCUGCAAGAGACGGGCAAGAUUAGGGGCUUCUUGAUUGAGAGAAAGGACUGCCCGCCUGGAACACUCGAGACACCAGCCAUCAAGGACAAGAACGGGCUCCGAGCUUCCAUCACGGGCAUGAUCCAGAUGGACGGCGUCCCGGUGCCAGAAGCCAACAUGUUCCCUGACGUCGAAGGCCUCAAGGGACCCUUUAGCUGCCUCAACAGCGCUAGAUACGGCAUCUCGCUCGGCGUCAUGGGCGCCCUGGAGGACGCCAUUGCUCGAGCUCGUACCUACUCCUUGGAACGCAAGCAAUUCAAGGGCAACCCUCUGGCUAGGUACCAGCUUAUUCAGAAGAAGCUCGCCGAUGCUGCCACAGAUGCCGCCUAUGGCACACUAGCCGCGGUGCAGGUCGGUAGGCUCAAGGACGAGGGCAAGAUGACUCCCGAAAUGAUCAGCAUGGUUAAGAGACAGAACUGUGAUUCAGCCUUGCGCAAUGUUCGCGUGCUGCAGGAGAUUUUUGGUGGAAACGCUGUGAGCGACGAGUAUCACAUUGGAAGACAUGUGGCGAACCUGUUCGUGACGCAGACGUACGAGGGACAGAGUGAUAUCCACAGUUUGAUCUUGGGCAGGGCGAUUACCGGCAUACAAGCCUUUGUGUAAAAUAGGCUAGCAAUAUAGAUGAUGAAAUAAAAGCAUAUAAUCACAUACAG